AUGGACGAGAAGGCUUCACUACGGGAUCUCCCUCGGGAGAAAGCAGCUCCAGCAAGCUCUACAGCUUCUCCUGCUGCUCCUGCUACUCCCAAAUCUUCCAUUCGAGGCUGGAUUCUGCUCCUCGGCACCCUCCUGGCUGGCGGAUGGUUCCUGUGGCCCCACUAUUGUCACCAUACUCGCGUGCUCACCAUCGAGGAUCGAGUCCAGCACAUUCUGUCCACCACCCCUUUGAUCGAUGGUCAUGAUGAUUUCCCCAUUCAAAUCCGAGCGCUAUUCCACAAUCAUAUCAACACUCCCAACUUCACCGAGGCUUUCGCUCACGGUACCCUCCCCGGUCAUGUGGAUCUGCCUCGUCUGAAGAAAGGACAUGUUGGAGGCACCUUUUGGAGUGUCUACGUUCCAUGUCCUACCGAUUGGGAGGACUUUUCCGAUGAGAACUACGCCCCCAGUAUUCGAAUGACCGUCGAACAGGUUGAUCUCAUGUCGCGCAUCCAGAAGGCUUUCCCAGAGGUCUUCUCCCUACCACCCAAUGGCACUACGGCCAUGGAUGCGUUCCGGCAAGGCAAGAUCAUCUCUCCCUACGGUAUUGAAGGCCUGCAGUCGAUUGGCAACUCCUUGGCACACUUGCGGAUGUUCUAUGACUUGGGAGUAUCCUAUGCUACGCUCACCCAUAACUGUCACAACAAGUAUGCCGACGCGGCCAUCGUCGAGCAGCCGGACGGCACUCUAAAGCUCGCCACUCCUCUCUGGCACGGCGUCAGUCCCGCAGGCCAGAAGGUGGUAGCCGAAAUGAACCGACUGGGCAUGAUCAUCGAUCUGGCUCAUGUCAGUGUCGACACGAUGCGUGAUGUGCUGGGUGCAGGCAAGACUGAAUGGACCGGCAGUCGUGCCCCCGUUAUCUUCAGUCAUAGCUCUGCCUACGCUCUGUGCCCACACCCCCGGAACGUGCCGGAUGAUGUCCUGGAAUUGGUCCGACAGCGCAACUCCAUUGUUAUGGUCAAUUUCGCGCCCGAUUUCAUCUCCUGUCACGCAUCCGGUCGGGAGAAUGGAAUGCCAGAUGUGGAUUAUGCUCAUGCCACCGUCGAGCGGGUUGCCGACCAUAUCAUCCAUAUCGGCACUGUUGCAGGCUUUGACCACGUUGGCCUGGGCAGUGACUUUGACGGAAUUCCGACCGUGCCCAAGGGACUGGAAGAUGUCUCCAAGUUCCCAAAUUUGAUUGCGGAACUUCUUCGUCGGGGUCUAACUGAUGAACAGGCUGCCAAGGUGGCUGGUGGUAAUCUGCUGCGUGUUUGGAAAGAGAUUGACCAGGUGGCCCUGAAGAUGCAAGCCGAGGGGGCUCUUCCUGAGGAGGAUUAA